AUGCCAUCCGCCCUCCUAAUAGAGUGCAAUGGCAUUGCAGAUGCUCUUGUGAAGGCCAUCCGUAAUCCUGUAAGGCUGCAGUGGGACAUUGAUAGAUAUUGCGACAGCCUUUCAAUUCAGCCCACGGGGCAGAAUGAAGUCCUUGAGGCAGAACUGGAACGGAAGUGGCCUCCUCCAUUUGGUGAGAGUGAAAUACGCAUAGACCAGCCCGCCACCCUCGUGGACAUGCACGGACGUAUCUUGGCUUGGAUACUUCCAAGAGUGUUGAUACCAGACCGUCAGACAAAGAUGCUCCAAGCGACCAGGGCCCUACACCCAGCAAUAGCAGCCAGUAAGCCUUUCAGCACCACCGCCAGUUGGCGACACAACCCGUUGUACUUCUUGCCUCCUGAGGAGUGUGCCCAAUUCCCAGCGGGCUCCUUGUGUCUCUCACCAGGUUGGUUCCAACAACCUUUGCAGCAUAUGGAGUCUGGGAGGCUGGAGACCUCCGCCAGCCUGAAGCUUGAGGGCGGAAGAAGUUGGCUGCAUGAUAUUCAUGACUCCUCCGCAUUGUUGGGCGCCAUCCUGGUCAUUGUUCACCCAACGCUAUAUGCCGCAGGACGCCAGUGCUUGGGUUCGAUCCAGCAAGACCCAGAAUUGCGAGAGAUGGCGCUGAACUGGUCGUCACCAUUCAAUGCGCUCCAGGUGAUCGCCAACCGGGAAACUCCUUUCCACCGAGAUAGCAAGACAAGAUACACGUUCUACGACCUGUUGGCGACGUUGGGCAACUACACUUGCGCGUGGUUGAACUUCCCCGCCAUGCGUGUCGCCAUCGAUUAUAGUCCUGGAACCGUCAUAGCCUUCUGUGGAAAGGCAAUUCGUCAUGGCGUCACUCAAGCAGAUGGCGAAAGGCUCAUCUAUGCAUACUUCAUGCGAGAGGGUGUCCAGAACAGGCUAGGCAUUCCAGCGCCCCACUGGAUGCAAGCUUCAUAUUACGCCUCACACAUUGGCAUGUGCACAAGGGACAUCAUGCCAAAGACUGAUGGAGAUGAGAACACUAUGCAGGGGAUGGAGACUGUCGAUGGCAGCUUCGUUGGUGGGACAAAGUUGGCGGAGGUGAUGGCGAAAUCUCAAGGUGUAGUUAUCACUGAUGGCAGCGUAUGGUUGGCGGACCUCGAAGUUGGCAGAGGUGGUGGCAAAAUGUAUUCAGUCGAGAAGUUACGCAACAAAAGCAGGCUCGUUGUAGACCUGGAUGACGAGGUUGAGUUUGUGACCAAGGUAGCUAAGCAGACCACUAGGGGAGUACGCUAUGUGGACGUACCUUUGCCCAUGCCUACGGGUUCAAACGUGCCAUCGCCUUCCAAAAGUCCAUCGAAGGCUCCAGCUUCAGGCUCCUUGUUUAACUUGGAUGAUGGCGACGUCCUGGGCAACAUAGGUGUGCCGAUUCCACUGGAUCCGGCGGCUCGGAAGACAAAAACCCAGAAUGACUUCAUGAGGGACUGGAUACCCCACCGUGAUGACUAUCUUCAUGCCAUUGUCGAGAUGGAAGCCCCGCCUGAGCCCAGAAACUGUGCGGAAUGCAAGAUUGGCGAGGGACGGUGA